AUGAUGUUCACUGGUACGAACCAGCAGCAGGAUUCCCGGUUCUCCGACAAGGAGAAGAAACUGCUGAGGCAGAUGAAGUUCAGUGAUAAUCUCAACAAACGGGUCGAUAUGUCCAAAGUGAAGUUGGAUGUAUUGCGGCCAUGGAUUAGCCAAAAGAUCACCGACAUGCUCAACAUCGAUGACGAUGUUAUCGUGGAGUUUGUGUACAAUCAGCUCGAGGAGGAAAAGUUCCCCUGCCCGAAAAAGAUGCAAAUCAAUCUGACCGGUUUUCUGAACGGAAAAAAUGCGCGUCUAUUCAUGGAGGAUCUGUGGGCGCUGCUGCUAUCAGCGCAGGACUCAGAAACGGGCAUACCGGCGGAAUUUAUACAGGCAAAAAAAGAGGAAAUUUUAAAGCGCGAAGAGGAAGCACGGUUGCAGGAGGAAGGAAGCAGAGGCCACCGUUCAAGGAGCCACACCCGUGAUAAGGACGACGGUGGUACAAAAACAAAACCUAACAAAAGCGCUCCACGGCAAAUGUACAAACCCGAACCAGAGGACUACAUCGACGAGGAAGAAAAAAUGAUCGAAGAUUUUAUUGAGGCCGAGGUUCCUAAGGAAUCGAAAAAGGUAGCACCGGCUUCCCUACUACCAGUUGCAGAUUGCGUACUGUCAGAGGAAAUGGUAAAAAGUGAAAGUAAACUCACGGAUGUGUCAGAGAAAAAUGUAAAGGAUCAUGCGACUAGCCGCCGCAAAUCGGCGGAACGAGGAAAAUCCGGUGAACGUAAUAGUGAUUCGAGAGCAAGAAGAAAAUCUCGCGAUCGCUCACGAUCACGCAAUGAUCGGAGGGUGUCGUCUCGCGAUCGGAGAGGAUCUUCCCGUGAAAGACGCUCCCCAAGAGACCGUCGGCGAUCCCGCUCACCUCGGCGUUCUGUUGAUCGAUCGCGCAAACGUUCUAGUCGAUCGCCAAGGGAUAAAAGAACGAACGAUCGCGACCGAAGGCGUUCGCGAAGUAGCUCUCUUUCCAGGAAAGAAAACAAGAACAGCAAUGGAAAUUCGGGCGCAUUGUCUAAGGUGCAAUCUAAGCUGAUGAACAUGGCGGAGGGAAAGAAAUCAACGACAAGCAAAAAAAGUCCUAGCCGCUCGUCAGCAGAUUCGCGUUCCCGCAGCAGGUCUGGAUCUGCCAAUAAAGAGGGUAACCGCAAGAAGAGUGCUAGUCGUUCUCGAUCUCUAUCUAAAUCAAGAUCGAGAAAAGCAAAAAAGGGUUUACCUAGCUCCCGAUCUCACAGCUCGAAUUCAAACUCGUCCGGUUCAUCGUCGUCCAGCGAUAGCGAGGACGAGAAGAAACCAAAAGCCACGACAGGCUCAACAAACGCGGCCGGCAAAAAGCGUAACGGACGCAACAGUCGCAGCCGUAGCCGAAGUCACAGCCGCAAUCGCCGCGAUACAUCGAGAAGCCGGUCCGGUAGCAGCCGUUCGUCAUCAUCGCGUGGCAGAAAGAAGGAUGAUUUCGAGAUACAGAAGAAGGAAAACAGUGUCCAAAAGAAGCGCCACUAUCGCUCGAACAAGGAUUCAUCCGAUUCGGAAGCGGAUGGUGGUCGUAGCUCGACAGCCAAAGGUUCCGCUGCGUCACGUCGCCGUCCCGGUGAUGGUAACGGUGGUGGACGAUUCGGUGGUCGGGACAAUAGAAACCGCGAUCGACGAUCCCUUUCGCGUGGCCGCGGUCGUGAUGAUGGCCCAGGUCGUGGACGUGGAGGUCGAUCAAGCUCUCGCUCGAGAAAUCGAUCUCGUUCGCGAUCGCGCAACCGAUCGCGAUCGCCGAGAAGACGGUCUCGAUCUCCUGGACGGCCAGGUGGACGUGGAAAUGUUCGUGACGUUAAUUAUGGUCGCCGUCGUUCUCCACCCUCAACGCGUCCGGGUGGUCCCGGUAGAGGAUCAGACCGAGAUGUUCGCGAACGGGAAAGAGAUCGCGAGCGUGACCGUGAACGCGAGCGGGAACGUGAUCGUGAACGUGCUGCGCAGCAACGUUACUCAGGCGGUAAUGGACCAGGUCGUCGCGGGUCUUCCCGAGAGCGUGACCGCGAUCGUGAACGUGUUCCGAGCGAUAGUGGUGCAAGAGGACGCGACACAUCCUCGUCUGCUCACACCGGGGCAAAUAAUAACGCUCACAAAUGGCGUCGCUCGGACGAACCGCAGAGAGGUGAACCUCCACGACGUCGGCAGGAGAUGGGUCCACCGGCAUCGAAUCGCUACGAUGAUCGCGAACGAAACCACCGAGAUGCAGGUGGCAAUCGUUCUACAGUUGGUCGUCGCAGUAACAGCACGGAACCGCAAGAUCGUUUCAAAGGUAACCAGGGUGGUCCAGCUCGAGGUAGCAAUAGGAAAGCUUCUCAGAGUCCUGCAGAAUCCAGCGGUAGUCGACGGUCGGCGACGAGAUUGUCUAACGCAAGAGAUUCUACAGAAAUGUUUGACGACGGCGGUAAUGGUAGCAGUGGUGGAGGUGUGUCACAAGAACGUCCCCACAAUUCCACCGAGCGUAUACAAUCGGAUAAAGCAACUGCCAGAGAAGAUAGCACCGAAAAGGAAGAAAAGUUGCGUGCGGUCAAUUCUUCUGCUUCAACCGGUGCACGCAAACAGCAAGAUUCUCCAGCAGCUGUAGUCGCUGUGACUACGCGAAGAUCAAAUGAACAGCAGGUAUCUUCAGGUCGCGAAGCAAGCAAAUCGAACGACGAAAGUAGAAAGCCCUCAAAAUCUACAUCCUCACUGGUCAAUAGCUCGCGGUCCGAACGGGGCUAUAGGAGCACACUGUCGAGAACUCCAUCGCCCUUCCUGAAGCCACAUGAGCGUGAGGCCGCCGCUAGCUUGCAUGCUAGCGCAGGUAACACUUCUGGAUCGGGUGGAUCAUUAGCGAUUUCUGCUGAUCAGAGAAAGCAACAUCAACAGCAACAGCAACAACAGCUGCAAAAGUUAAUCAAGGCUAGCAGGCAAAAGAAGCAUGCAAGCUCGGAAAGCGAUGACGAUAGCUCUGGUAGCGAUAGUGAUGAUUCCCAAGACGAAAAGCAGCAGAAAAAGCCUGUAUCCAGCAGGCGUGUCGAUGGUAACGUGGAAGAGGAAAAGGGCGAAAUUGACAAGAAGGCCACAGUGGCUCACAAAAAGCGAAAAUCGAAACGAAAGCUAGAGUCAAAGAAACGCAGCAAACAGAUACAACACCAUCGUCGCUCUUCGUCAUCUUCUUCGUCGAGCAGUGGGGACGAUGAGGAGGAUGAUCAAGACAUCGACGAGGACGAUCAGUCGUCCGGCGAAGAAAGUGCGGGAAAACGCAAAUCGCGCGCAAAGGAUCGUCGAGAACCAAAGAAAGUGACUGCUGGUUCGGGAAAGGGGACGGUGAACGUGUUGCCCUCCGUAGAGCAUGAUUUCCGCCGCAAACAACAGUCUGUCCCUGUGUUGCACCCUAAGGAAGGUGGCAACAACCGCAAGGUGCACCGGGACAGUACAUCCUCGGCUGAACAGCAGCAGCAAGGUGGUGGAGGUGGCAAGAAACGAAAGCAUUCCACUUCCGAAAGUAUUUCGAAGGUACCGGUGCAUCCGGAAGAAUCGUCCGCUGCGAAGAUGGCCGUAACGAAAUCGCUCAGUUGCACAAACAACAACAAUGUGUCCUCGUCAUCCACCUCGACAAAGAGCAAAACCGUCGCCAAAGUGACAACGGUGGUCGAGACCACAAAUCGUUCGUCCUCUUCGAGCGAUGAUUCGGACGAUCGUGUAUCGGAGCGGCAGCGAAAGAAACGUCGCAAGGAGAAGAAACGCCAGCGGAAUGUGUCACCCGACGAUGCUAGUGCUUCAUCCGGCAGCAAGCGCAGUAAGAAGCACAAGAAGCACCGAAAACACGCGAAGAAACAUAAGAAACACAAGAAACAUAAGAAGAACAGCAAAGCAAGUGGCAAGUAUCAUCGCAAUAGCUCUUCGUCCUCCUCCGACGAGGAAGAUGGUGGUGUGCCGUUGCGUUCCAAAAAGAGCAUCCUAGCGAUCGGUGCCGGUGGGGGCGGUACGGUGAUCAACGAUGAUCUGGAGAAGCAACUGCGCGAACGGGCCCUAAAGUCUAUGAAAAAGCAGCAAAGCAUCUCGGACUGA